CGCGCAUUCAACAUCCACGGCCGCUCUCUUCCGCCAUACUCGAAAUGGACGCCAGACCUGCCCACACGCGAACCGCCUCGACCAACCUGAGUGCGUCGGGCCAGCGCAUCCUCGAGGGCAGGACCGCCAUUGUCACGGGGGCCUCGAGAGGAAUUGGCCUCGAGAUCGCCCGCAACCUCGCCUCCAAGGGCUGCAAUGUCGUCAUAAACUACACGUCCGACUCGUCUGCCCAGGCCGCGCAAAAUCUCGCCGACGAGCUGCAAAACGACUAUGGCGUCAAGGCCAUCACCGUGCAAGCAAGCAUGGGCUCGGAAAACGGCCCCAAGCACCUCGUAGAGGUCGCCAAGAACAACUUCCAGCACCCGAAAACCGGCAAGUUCCAGCUCGACAUCAUCAUCAACAACGCUGGUGUCGCCGGCAACAACUAUGUUGAGAAUGUCGACUGCGAGGACUUUGCCAGGCAGUUCAACGUCAACGUGCGAGGCCCGCUGCUUCUUGUCCAAGCCGCGAUCCCGUAUCUGCCCAACGACCGCUCCGGUCGCAUCGUCAACCUGUCGUCUGUCAGCUCCUCGCUAGGAUACAAGGGCCAGUCAAUCUACGGUGCGACAAAGGCGGCGCUCGAAAGCAUGACGCGAACGUGGUCUCGUGAGUUGGCCGAGCGAUGCACUGUCAACGCCAUCAACCCCGGUCCUGUGGCGACAGACAUGUACUGGAGCAACGACGACGCUUUUAUUGCGCUGAACAAGCCUUUCAUCGAGAACACUCCCUUGGCCGCAACAAGAAAGGGUAUUGACCCCGAGAGAAUCUACGAGGCUUCUCAGAAUGCUGGAGGAAGGCCAGGCUACAGCGAAGAAAUUGCUGGCAUCGUUGGUAUGCUCUGCCUGCCCGAGGCUGGAUGGACAACAGGAAGCGUCAUGUGCGCCAAUGGUGGUAUGAAGUUUAGCUACUAGACGCUAGGAUGGAAUGCGCCACCACGCCUCUACACUCACUCUUCGCUUAUCAGACAAAUCCUUCUCUUCACGUAAAAAGUUUUGCCUUUUAAAAUACAUGUCAAUUAGCAACCCAUAAACGUCAGUGUCAGCAUCGAGAGUGGCAAAUAUUUCUUGUCUGAAAAUGCAAGACACGCUAUUGCAACUCCUGAACGACCGUGUCUACAUUUGUCCACCGGCGCCGCACUCGAAAACGUUCCAUUC